CCACAGUCGCUUCACACUCGACACACGGUAUGCCCAUGUAGGACUGUCGUGCUGUCGUAGGGAAAGCGCAGGCACCUCAUGCCGUAGUAAGUUGGCUGCGUUUACAAGCCUGUCAACUUGUCCGGUUAUCUGGAACAGCUGGUAAAAUUGAGGCAAGGCAUUUAACAGUAGCUAAGGUACUGGAUAUCAGCUCUAACGGUGAGAUAUACGUUUGGUAAUAGCUGUUGUAGACUACGCUAAUGGACUCCAGAGACACAGCCCCAGAUAGCUGGGAGCAGGAGGACGAUGUGGAGGCCCCAGACACGGAGCUCCAGUCAGCCUUCACUGGCCUUAAUGUGAAUGCUCCGGAGUUUGUUCCUUCCUUCAUUCCUAGAGGAAAUCCAGAAAGCACCGACCAAGACGGUACAGACACAGUUGCUAACAUGGAGAUUUCCGAACCAGCGGCUGCUGUGGAGAACGGAGAGACAGAUGCUAACACAGUAGAGACGUGGGAGGAAAAGGGGGACAAAGAUGAGGUGGAACCAGGAGGUGGGGCCAUGGAAGAAGGUGGAGCCUUUGGAGAUGAGGCCCAAGAUGAAAUAAUGGAGGAGGAUGAAGAGAUGCCUGCCCCUAAACUGCCCCCUCCUCCUCCAGAUGCCCCCAAAAAGGAGCAUGUUAAUGUGGUGUUCAUUGGACAUGUUGAUGCAGGCAAAUCAACAAUUGGUGGUCAGAUUAUGUAUUUAACUGGUAUGGUGGACAAAAGAACCCUAGAGAAAUAUGAAAGAGAAGCAAAAGAGAAGAACAGAGAGACAUGGUAUCUCUCCUGGGCUUUAGACACAAACCAGGAGGAGAGAGACAAGGGGAAAACUGUAGAAGUGGGAAGAGCCUACUUUGAAACAGAGAAAAAGCACUUUACCAUCCUGGAUGCCCCGGGCCAUAAAAGCUUUGUACCUAACAUGAUUGGUGGUGCCUCACAGGCUGAUUUGGCGGUGCUGGUUAUCUCUGCCAGAAAAGGGGAGUUUGAGACAGGCUUUGAAAAGGGAGGUCAGACCCGUGAGCAUGCUAUGCUGGCCAAAACUGCUGGAGUCAAACACCUGAUAGUCCUCAUCAACAAAAUGGAUGAUCCUACUGUAAACUGGAGCUUGGAUAGAUAUGAAGAAUGUAAGGAGAAAUUAGUGCCAUUUCUGAAGAAGGUGGGCUUUAACCCAAAGAAAGACAUCCACUUCAUGCCCUGCUCUGGACUGACAGGAGCCAACUUAAAGGAAACUUCUGAGCUGUGUCCCUGGUAUACAGGAUUACCGUUUAUUCCACAUCUGGACAGCUUGCCAAACUUCAACAGAUCAAGUGAUGGUCCCAUCAGAUUGCCCAUUGUAGAUAAGUACCGGGACAUGGGCACUGUAGUCCUUGGAAAACUGGAAUCAGGGACCAUAAGCAAAGCACAACAGCUCAUCAUGAUGCCGAAUAGGCACACUGUUGAGGUACUAAGCCUGCUGUCAGAUGAUGUGGAGACAGAUGAUGCAGGGCCUGGAGAGAACCUGAAGCUGCGCCUCAAAGGCAUUGAAGAGGAGGAGAUCCUGCCUGGCUUUAUCCUAUGCAAUGCUGAAAACCUCUGCCACUCAGGACGCACGUUUGAUGCCCAGAUUGUCAUUAUUGAACACAAAUCCAUUAUAUGUCCAGGUUACAAUGCAGUGCUACACAUUCAUACCUGCAUAGAAGAAGUCCAGAUAACAGCCUUAAUUUGUCUGGUGGACAAGAAGACGGGAGAAAAGAGCAAGACACGUCCGCGCUUUGUCAAACAAGACCAAGUAUGCAUUGCUCGUCUCAGAACAGCAGGAACCAUCUGCUUAGAGACGUUUAAAGACUUCCCACAGAUGGGUCGGUUCACUCUGAGGGAUGAGGGUAAAACUAUUGCUAUUGGCAAAGUGUUGAAGUUGGUACCGGAAAAGGACUAAUUCUUGGCAGAAGAACCGUUCUGCUGCACUUUCGAUUGAGGAGGAGGAUGCAGCAGCUUACCGGAUUCCUCCAAUCUAGUCUAAUGUCUUAUUCACAGAUGAAUUCAAAAGAAAUAAGAGACAUAUGUUUGGAAAAGGACAAUACAAGAAUACGUUUUAGAAAGAACAAUAUUCUAGGGAAAAAAACCUCAGUGUGACGGCUUUCUCAUAUUGAGAGCUCAGCUAUGCCACUCAUGUAGCCCCAUUUUUAAAGCCAGCCCCAGUUUACUGAUCUGUGUUAAAUGGUAAAAUGAAUGCAAUCUAGAUUUAAACUAUUGGCUUUUAACUGCCCUAUAUUUUGAAGGAUUGGAGUAGCUUGUUAACUGUCCUCAUAUAGUCGGACCUGACAAAAUGUAAAGUGUAAUGAUUUUCUUAAAUGAAGUAAGUUCUCAGAAUGGUCACUGGGAUUUAAGAUCACCUGGACAGUUAUUUUGGGAUCACGGCUCAGCCUGCUAAUCCUGCAUGUAAAUGGACUCGAUGUGAUGUUGCCUUUCUUUCAGAUACUGUGGUGAUAGUUUCAGACUGGUUGUGGACAGUCAGCACAGAAACCAUAUGAAGCCCUUAAAAGUUAUGUUUAUGCAGGUGGUCACGUCUAAUUCCUGUUUGCAUAUCUAAUAUCUGUCUGAUCUUGUUUUGGAUUUGACUUUCAGAAAAAUCAUCUGGAUUUGGACCAUGUGCAUGCAUUUCAGACAGUGAUCAGUGUUUUUAUAUAAACCCCAAAAUCCAAUCUCUGAUUAAUAAUCAUUAUAGUCUGCUGUCUAAAGAUAAAACAUGGCUAAACAAGGUCACACUCGUGACAGAUCACAUACAUCAUAAGCUGAAAUGAGUUGCCCUAAAGAAAUACAGAGGCAAAAAAAACCUCAAAUACAACAUAACCAUGAUCUUAGUUGUUUACACUAUUCAGGAUCAGAUACACAGUUUUACAUACUCCUGCAGGAAAUGUUAACAUUAACCUUCCUUAAUAAUAAAGUCCUAAAUUGGUCAUCUUA